AUGCCUGCCGAGCUGCUGUACGGCGAUGUCGACGACCGUCAGCCGCGCUGGAAGCACGCUUCCACAUUACACAAUGUCCUCACCGUCCUGCAAUAUGCCUACCCAUUGUUUAUGCUGUUCUUCUUCCUGGCGGCCUUCACCGUCCGCAGCAUAGCAGCAUCAAAAUCUAAUACUAAUAUCGCCAAACCUACCACAACCGGCCCUGGGGGCAAGCCGUUGCCCGCAACCGACCCCACCCGCAACUUUGUCAAAAAGACGGUCCAUGACGAUGUCACGCAGACGCAGAAGAGGGUGUUCGAAUGGGUCUCGCUGGCUGCUGCGCUGACUUUCUUUGGAAACUCAGUACUCGUUAUUUCGCAGGCAUUGGCCAAGCAGAGUGAACAUUGGUGGUGUGGACAGCCAGUAGUGAUCUACCUGGUGGGCUCCUUUUUCGUCUACAGCUUGUUUCUCAUCUCGCUCCUCGACUCGAAACCCUCGCCGACAGCCGCUCACUUGUCGACAUGGAUCGUGGGCUUGGUACUCGAGAUUGUCCUUGUCGCCUGCUCGCUCGCUAUCUACACCCACGCCCACUACCAACCCACCGCUGGCAACCCUGAGAACUCCAAACCGCGAUUCUACAUGACUGAGUGGGAGGCUGCUGAGGUCGCCAUCGACCUCUUGCGCAUUGUCUUACUACUCGCUCUCAUUGGAUUCUACGUGGUAUUUGUCGUGCUGCCGCAGGCACGAAAAACUCCAGAGGCGGGAAGCUCGAACGAGACCACCUCACUUUUGGGCAAUGCUACCGAACGUGCGGAAAACGGGCAUGUGAACGGAGCGAACGGAAACGGGUCCUACGGCUCAGUGCACCCGGUCGGUGGCAAGCACCAGCAUACCGAGGGCGCACCGCCUGCCUGGAGCAGACCGACGGGCGCGCCGACUCGUAGCUGGUGGGAGUACAUCAAGGGCUACAGCGUCUUCUUCCCCUACCUCUGGCCAUCCAAGGACCGCCGCCUACAAAUUAUGGUUGUUGUGUGCUUUGCGCUUGUCCUGGCGCAGCGUGUGAUCAAUCUGCUUGUCCCUGAUCAGCUGGGUCACAUCGUGGAUCGCCUUGAGCACAGGGUUCCGGGCAGCCCAUGGACCGCCAUUUGCCUGUUCAUUGCCUUCCGCUUCCUUCAGGGAACCAACGGUGUGCUCGGUGCAGCACGAUCUGCGCUGUGGAUUCCUGUGUCACAGUAUUCGUACCGCGAACUAUCAGUUGCGGCAUUUGAGCACGUGCACAGCCUUAGCCUGGAUUUCCACCUUGGCAAGAAGACAGGUGAGGUGCUUUCGGCGCUUGGAAAAGGAAGUUCUAUCAACACUUUCCUUGAGCAGGUGACGUUUUCAGUAGUGCCUAUGCUACUGGAUUUGGGCGCUGCUAUUGGCUACUUCUUGAUCAAGUACGAUGCGUACUAUGCGCUAGUCAUUGCCAUCGUGACAUUCUGGUACAUCUAUCUGACAAUUCGAAUGGCGCAGUGGCGCGCUGAGAUCCGCCGUGAGAUGGUAAACGCUGAUCGUGAGGAGGAUGCUGUCAAGAACGAUUCUAUGGUCUCUUACGAAACAGUCAAGUACUUCAACGCCGAAGCCUACGAGUUCAACCGCUAUCGCGAAGCCGUCAAGAAGUACCAGGAUGCUGAGUGGAAAGUUCUGUUAUCGUUGAACAUCAUGAACAUCACGCAAAACAUGGUCUUCAUGGUGGGUCUGCUAGUAACAUGUUUCAUUGCAGCCUACCAGGUCACUACAGGAGCCAUCACUGGCGGAAAGUUUGUCACCUUGGUUGUAUUCAUGGGUCAGCUGCAAAGCCCGCUCAACUUCUUCGGCACUUUCUACAGGAUGAUCCAGUCUGCGAUGAUCAACUCGGAGCGCAUGCUGGAGCUUUUCAAGGAAACGGCUACAGUAGUCGAUAAGGAAGGUGCAAGCGAAUUACCUUCUUGCAAGGGCGACCUGGAGUUCAAGGAUGUGCACUUCUCGUACGACAGUCGCAAAGCUGCCUUGACUGGUUUGGACUUCCACUGCGUGCCAGGCACCACAACAGCGUUUGUUGGAGAAUCAGGUGGCGGCAAGUCCACGGUGUUCCGACUUCUCUACCGUUUCUACAACACCGAGUCUGGAAGCAUUCAGGUCGACGGCAACGAUGUCACGGAUCUCACCAUCGAUUCAGUGCGCCGCCACAUCGGUGUCGUCCCUCAGGAUACUGUCCUUUUCAAUGAAACACUGAUGUACAACCUCAAGUACGCUAACCCCGAGGCCACCGAUGAGCAGGUCUACGAAGCCUGCAGAGCGGCCAGUAUCCACGAGAAGAUCCUCACCUUCCCGGACAAAUACGACACCAAGGUCGGAGAACGUGGGCUCCGUCUGUCUGGCGGAGAGAAGCAGCGUGUUGCUAUUGCCCGCACCAUCUUGAAGAACCCUAGGAUCAUUAUGCUUGAUGAAGCUACCGCCGCACUGGAUACGGAGACCGAGCAACAUAUCCAGGAGGCUUUCGCGACUCUGGCUCACGGACGCACGAUGCUCAUCAUCGCCCAUCGACUUAGCACAAUCACUCACGCCGAUCAGAUCCUUGUCUUGAACAAGGGCAAGGUGCAAGAGCGAGGAACACACGAGGAGCUUCUUGAGCGCAACGGCCACUAUGCCGCGAUGUGGAAGAAGCAGAUUCGGGCACAGCGAGCGGCUGAGCAGGCCAAAGCGCUCAAGGAUAAGGCUGACCGUCUCCGCCGACAGUCGAAGGAUGCAUCGAUCGACAACGACGGCAGCAGUAGCCACUCCAGUUCCGAGGAUGAGAAGACAAAGAAACAACGCAAUAAUGGCCAGCUGUCCGGCUCCCACCGUGAAGAAGCUCCCUCGAAGCCGCAUGGACACCCCUAG